CUUCCAUGUUUCUCCCCUUUCUUGCUUCUUCUUCUUCUUCUUCUUCUUCUUCUUCUUCUUCCUCCUUCUCUACUGAUCUCCCCUUUCCUCAUCCACUUCACUGAUCUCCUUCAUUCUACUUCCAACUUCCCAAUUGCGCUCAACGAACCGGGGUUUCUUUUAUUCUUUCCUGCUCUGCUGCAAUUCGCGUCGCUUCCGUUCUUCUUCCAUGGUUUUGGUUUGGGGAAUAUAGAUCUGAGUUUGCAUUCUAAUGCUUCUUGGCUCUGUUCUUGAUGCCGAAUUCUUCCUUUCAAAUUCAAUGUUGCUCAGUCAUUGCUGGAAUUAUGAUUUCAGGCUGCUAUAAACCUACCCUUUAUGCUUCGUGCACGUACUGUUCCUCCCCUACCCCCUCCCCACUCAAAUGGUGUGGCCUCUGAGACUUGAUUUGUUCUGAAUGACGUGGAAGUAUAAAUUCUGGGGGGGUUUUGUAUUGGUACAGUACCGCAAUUCAGCUUCAAUUUGAGUGACUGGAAUUUGGAGCUGCUACAGUUUACAGUUUAUGAACCGCUCUCUGGAGAAAUGCAACCUCAGCACAGCUCCAGAAUUGAUUUAGGCGACUUGAAAGCUCAGAUAGUUAAGAAACUUGGAAAUGACAAGUCAAAGCGGUACUUCUUCUACUUGAGCAGAUUUUUGGGUCAGAAACUGAGCAAGUUUGAAUUUGAUAAGAUGUGCGUCCGUGUGCUUGGAAGGGAGAACAUUCAGCUGCACAAUAAAUUGAUAAGGUCAAUUUUGAAGAAUGCAUGUGUAGCCAAGACCCCACCACCAAUAAAUGGGUCAGGACAUGCACAGUCUAUGCUACAAGCUUCAAACAACUCACCUUGCAGGGAAGAUGGCCCUGAACAUAAUGGAUCUACUUUUCCGAAUCAGAAUCAGGCUAUGCCAAUGUGGCCAAAUGGAGUUCUUCCAGUAUCCCCACGGAAAGGGAGAUCUGUCUUACGAGGAAAGUUCAGGGAUAGACCGAGUCCGCUUGGUCCGAAUGGAAAAAUCACAGGUCUUUCAUAUCAAUCAUCUGGUACUGAAGAUAGCAGCAGCAAAGUUAUUACAGAGAAUGGUAACGUAAACAUAUGUGACUAUCAGAGACCGGUACAGCAUCUUGAAGCAGUAGCUGAGCUACCUGAGAAUGACAUAGAUGGAGCAGUUCUGCGGCCAUCAGAAAAACCAAGAAUACAUCCAACAGAAGCAGCUGUUCUUGAAGAUAGAGACGAGGUGGAACAGUCAAAUCCCUUAAGCAUCCUGAGAGGUCCUCUACUUCCACCUCUUGGUAUUCCCUUUUGCUCAGCUAGUGUAGGUGGGGCACUCAAGGCGUUGCCAGUUGGUAGUAGUGGCAGUAGUCAUGAUUUUCUGAGUUGUUACGACAGUAUUGGAUUGUCUGAUUCAGAGACGGUGAGAAAACGAAUGGAGCAAAUCGCAACUGCUCAAGGGCUUGAAGGUGUUUCUAUAGAAUGUCCCAACAUCUUGAAUAACACUCUGGAUGUGUACCUGAAGCAAUUGAUCAAGUCUUGCCUUGAGUUGGUGAGAUCAAGGUCUACAAUUGAACAUACAGGGCACCCUAUCCAGAAGCAACAGAAUCAAGGGAAGAUUAUAAAUGGUAUGUGGCCCAGUAACCACCAACACGUACAGAAUAGCAACGGGCAGUCUGAAGUUUUGCAGGAAAAGAGUUUAGAAUGCUCAGCGUCAUUGCUCGAUUUCAAAGUUGCUAUGGAGCUCAAUCCAAAGCAGCUUGGGGAAGAUUGGCCUUUGAUGUUGGAGAAAAUUUCUAUGCGUGCCUUUGAGGAAUAAGCAGUUGCAAAGGCUUUAUUUAUCCUCAGCCAUCCUUUUGGCUGGUCUUGUUCAGUUCCAAAGGACUUUCAAAUUUUACCUGGGAUGUCUUCCUGCUGGGGUAUACUUGAUCACACUCCCAUUGGGUUCAGGCUCCAAGAUUCCAUGCUAAAAAUAUUGUAACAACCCAGGGAACCUCCGACUGCACAUGAGUUCCUUAGCAUUAGCUGCCUAAACUCAACAGCUCAUUGCCUGCUCCAUUUAGGAAGUUGAAUUAACUCGACUAAAAAAGGGGAAGCUUUCAGCCAGAAUGCCCAUCAAAAAGGUUGUUCUGUUGCAUUUUUAGCAUUCAUGUUAGCCCCAUUUGCCACUACCUUGUAACUUAGCCUUUUCAUGUAACUUAUUUUUGAGAAAAUCAGAAAAGUUUUGCAGGGAUACUGU